AUGAUUCAGUCCCACUAUAUGUUGCAGUGGACAGUAUUGAAGCUUCCAGAGGCUGAGCGGAGAAUUUGCUACUCACAGCUAGCUACUAUGACAGAUGUGAUAAAUCCCUAUAAUGAAGAUGAUCGCUCCAGUCAGUCAUCUGGAUCAUCAUCAACUACAUCACAAACUUUCAGCAUAGACGAGACUAAAGACAAAACAAUCAGUCCAAGAAAUAUGCUGCGAAAACUGGAAAUAGUUGAGAAAAAUGUAAAAACAAAAUGUCCUGACGAACCUAAAGAAAAAGACAUUAAAAAGCCAGAGGUAGAGGAUAAAAAUAAAAAUGUUUAUGUGGUUUCCAGAGAGUUUGUAGACAUAUUGUCUAAUGCCACAGUGAACACAGAAGAUUCAGACUCUCUUGGCUCAGAAUUACAGGAAAUAAUUGACUCUCCACUUGCAGAGAAAACAAACAAACUGAAAAGUAAACUUAAGGAGUUAGAGAAUGUUACACUUAACAUUGCUGUAACCGGGAUGACAGGGGCAGGGAAGUCUUCCUUAGUCAACGCUCUCAGAGGCCUUCCUAAUGAUGAUAAGGACGCAGCUCCCACAGGAACAACUGAGACUACCAUGAAGCCCAACAUGUACCCCCAUCCCUCCAUGCCAAAUGUGAAGAUCUGGGACCUGCCUGGAAAUGGCAGUCCAAAAUUUAGAGCAAAGAAGUACCUGAAAGAUGUCAAUUUCCACACGUAUGACUUCUUUCUCAUAGUGACCUCUGAAAGAUUUAAGGAGAACGACAUCGAGCUGGCCAGAGCGAUCAAGAAGAGCAAGAAGCUAUUUUAUUUCAUUCACACUAAAAUUGACAACGACAUUCGUGCUGAAUCACACAAAAGAAACUUUGAUGAGCGGAUGUUGCUCGAAAACAAUCGAGAUGAUUGUAAGGUGAACCUAUUGAGAGUCAGAAUACCCAAAAUAUUCCUGGUAUCUUCAUUUAAUUUGGAAAAAUAUGACUUUCAGAAGCUGAUCAACACCCUCGAAGAUGAACUCCCAGAGAACAAGAAAUUUGCUCUCAUUCAGUCUCUGCCCGUUUAUUCUCUAGAGACCCUCACAAAGAAAAAAACACACUACAAGAAAAUUAUUUGGCUAAACGCAUUUGCGGCGGGAGUCGGGGCGAUAGCUCCCAUCCUGGGAUUGUCACUGGUCUGUGAUUAUGGCAUCAUGAAGAAGUUUUUUCAGCAAGUCUUCACAGGCUUCGGCUUAUCAAAUCAGGCUCUAGAGGCGUUAUCAGACCGAGUGAACAAACCGGUGGAGCAGCUAAAAACCGCUAAGACAUCACGCUUCAAAGAGGGGGCCACUGAGGAUAUUGUGAUUGAUAUGCUGUCUAAACCAAAGAUUGCUAUAGCCAAGACACUGUGGACCGUAAUGGCUCUGCUGCCAGGAGGAGCUCUACCAGCAGGAGGAACGGCCGUCGCUUCUGUGCACUACCUGCUUAACAUGGGACUCAAUGAGAUGGCAGAAGACACCAAAUGUGUUCUUUCUGUGUCACAGCUUGCCUAAUAUGCAGAA